AUGUCGCCUAACAAAUUUGUUAACACGCUAGUAGUGCUACUCGUAUCGGUGAUCGGUUUCACUCGACCAGAAGACGAUUCUCGAAUAGUGAACGGCCAGAACGCGGAAUUCGGUCAAUUCCCAUACCAAGCUCUACUUUUACUUGAAAUGCCUGAUGGUCGAUCACUUUGUGGAGGAAGCCUCAUUUCAGACAGAUGGGUUCUAGCAGCUGGACAUUGUACCGAUGAUGCUUCUGCAGUUGAAGUACGACUAGGACUUAUUGACAGAAGCUAUACAGAUGAUGGCAGCCUGGUGCUCGUAUCCAACGAUUUUUUUGAACAUCCAGACUUUGAUCGGGAAACUCUCAAGAAUGAUAUAGCUCUGAUCCACUUACCGGAAAUUGUUAAAUUUACUGAUCGAAUUUCCCCGGUGGAAUUGCCCAGAGGCCACGAAACUUACCAGGGGCGGGUUGCCAUUGCAAGUGGAUUCGGGAGAACCACAACCGAUGGAAAACCAUCAAGCCGUCUGAACUAUGCCGUCAUGGAUGUGAUCAGCAAUACGGUGUGUACGGCAUCCUAUCCCGGGUCGAUUAGAUCGACCAAUAUAUGCUCGGUUGGCCGGAACAGAAGUUCUACGUGCAAAGGAGAUUCAGGGGGACCGUUGCGUUUGGAAGAUGAAAAUAUCCUUAUUGGGGUGGCGAGUUUUGUAAAUAGAAUGGCAGGAUGUGAUAUGAACUACCCGGUUGGAUUUGCGCGUGUUUCAGAAUAUGUGGACUAUAUUAGGGAAGCUACCGCUGACAAGGGUAUCUCUAUUACAUUGGGGUAA